CUCUCAUUAGAAACUUUACUCCAAAAAUAUGGAUUCCGGAAUGUCGUGGGCUGAUCAAUGGGACAAUGACCCAGACCUAUCCCCGACAUCUGAGAAAGACAAGAAGAAGAAGAAGAAGAGCAAGGAUGAGUCAGAUAAGAACAAAUUUGGAAAAACCGUGAUGAACUUCAAAUGGGUGAAAGAACUUCGGAAGAAAACUAGCAAGACAUAAAAAUAUCUAUGAUUUAAGAAGUUUUUGUGACUCAUUCAAAUUAAAAUAUGUAAUUGAUUUGACUUUGACUGAAUCUAAUUUGUUUAAUUAAAUGUUUUUUU